AUGAGUGAAGAUGCGCCUCAGAUGACUGCGGACGUAGAUGCGACUGUUGCAGAGGACUUAGGUCGUGAUGGUGCUGAAGGGUCACAUGCUGAUGAGAGAUUCCCUGGUGGGCCCCGUGACCCAUCAGUUCUGACUUCAUUUGUAGAGCAUGUCGCACAUGCCAUUUGGACUAAACAGGAGCGUCCUGAGUUGAAGUUGGUGUCGCACGGGAGGAAGGUGGCAUUAAUUGGGAGGCCAGUGCCUGAGAUUGAAGGGCUGGUUGUCGCCACAGGAUUAAGUCCAUUGAUCGGGUGUUCAAUUGUAACCGGCGAUCCUGGACUUAUAUCCGCAUUUGUGGAGAAGUGGCACAAGGAGACCAGCACCUUCCACCUUCCAGUAGGAGAGUUGAUGAUCACACUAGAUGAUGUGUCAUCACUCCUCCAUCGCCCUAUCAGUGGCGCCUUCCACAGCUUCGAGGCUCUUUCCGUGGACGAGACAGUAUUUUUGUUGAUGGAGUUUCUUGAGGUGUUCGGUGAGGAGGGUAGAGCCGAGACAGUACGAACGCGCGGGGCAUAUGUACGCCUCUCAUGA